AUGGAAUUUGGGCUUAACACAUAUCUCAAUGUUGACUCACUCUCCAUAUCAUUUGAAGAGGCUGGUCAUGCUGCAUCACUAGCAGAUGGGUUGGUCAUACCUGGAAUCAUUCCUGUUUUGAAACAAUUGGGCCUCAACAUGGAUUUUAACAAGGAGCAGGCUGCAGCUUUGGGUGUCACACAGGUAUCCUGCCUGGAUAUAAUUGCCCUUUGGGAGGAAGGUUUGAGUGUGAUGGGGGAAGAUACUUUCUGGACUGGGUGGUGGUUGAGCAAUGACCAGUUGCUAUGUGUGGGACUCGAUCUUUGCAACAUAGAAUUUUUUGGCCCAAUCGAGUUCUACGGCCUCGCAGUCAUCAUUCGUCUGCGCUUCAAUGGGCCAGAGUGCGGGAACGCGCAGUUAUCACCAUGGACGUCAGUAUCUCUGGCUUCAGAAUAG